AUGGCCAACCCGUCCCCGACCCCCGCCGCCUCCGACCGCCCAGAGCGAAGCCGUAACGCAAAGGCGCAGGCAAGGCAUCGCGCCAAGCGGAAGGCCUACAUCGAGCAGCUCGAGCAGACCGUCACCAAGCUCCAGUCCGUCCUCGCCCUCUCCCCAGACCAGGUCGUAGCCCUCCCCCCGCCCUCCCUCCGCAUCCGCCAGCUCGAGCAGGACAACGCAAAGCUCGUCCGCGAGAACGACGAGCUCCGCCGC